AUGCCCCGACCCAGAAACCUGUGCCAGGGCUCCGGCACCAGGACCUUCCUGGACGCCAUGUGCAGCGGCAAGGUGCACCUGGCACGCAUCGUCCUCAACACCCUGGACGGGCAGAUCAUUGACUUGAAGACGGAGGACAGCCGCACCCCGCUGAUGCUCGCCACGUGCCUCCCGGACCCUGGCACCCGGCUGGAGUUCGCCCAGCUGCUGCUGGAGAAGGGGGCGAACGUCAACUGCCGGGACGGCCAGGGACGGACGGCUCUGAGCCUGGCCUGUGAGCUGGGCCACCUGGAUGCCGUCAAGCUCCUGGUGAGCUACAGUGCCGACCCGGAGAUCUCCGACAUGAGGGGCAACAGUGCUCUAAUGCACGCCGCCCGCUGCGGCCACUGCCAGGUCCUGGAGUUCCUCGUCUGGUCUUUCAGGAAGCUGGGGCUGAGGCUGGACCACACAAACCGAGCGGGGCAGUCCGCCAUUCAGGUGGCAAACCUUUUCGGGCACGAGCACUGCGUCAGGGUCCUGUGUGUCCCCGAGAAGAGGAGGGCAGGCUUGAGUGUCCGUUUCGGGAGGGAACAGGGAGGGGUGCACCCGAAAUUCACCAAGCUGUCAUGCAACAGAUACAGUGACCGUCUGCCUGAGAUAUUCCAGAGGAAGCUCCGAAUUGUGGGGGGUAACAGGCUGGAGACAAGCAGUGAGGUUCAGAAAAGCAGGCUGGGGGACUUGCCGUGGGCCAAAGCCUGGGGACCCGGUGCAGAUCUGCCCCAGUGUGAGGGGAGCCAAGGCAGGGAGACCACACAGGAGACCUCCCUGUUCUGGGGUGAGACAGAACCAUUCAAGCUCCAGCUCCUCCCUCGACUGGGGGAUCCGUUCAGCAUGAGCCUAUUUGACGGAGGGAUCAAGAGAUGGUCGAUGCGGGAUGGGCUGGCUCCAGUUAAAGAAGCAUGUCGACAAAACACUUGUCCUGCCCAGACAGAUGAUGGCAACCAGUCAGCUGCAGAAUCCUCAGCCCCUCCAAUCUCUGGGGCCCCAGAGCCGCUGGAGAGUAGUCUUCUGCCCAAUGUGGAUGAACAAGGUGAUGACACUACCCCAGAAAGCUGGAGCCCCUCUCAUCCAGCACCUCUGGAAAGGCUUGCCCCCCACAGAGAGGACAUCACAACGGGCAAGGUCAGGGCAAGCUGGGGUCUCACCAGACUGAAAGCCCAGAUCCUGCGGAGGUUCAGUCGGUCCGAUUCCCCGUGCCCCAGGGGGGACGUUCAUCCUGACUCCAAGCGGGGCAAAGGAAGGAUGUCUCGGUCAGAGGCUUUCCCCCUCUUGUGCCGUGAGCAGGCGGUCUCCGCCCAGCCCAGUGUGUACAGCAUCAGCGGAGUGAGAUGUGAGUUUGACAGUGGCUCCAAAAACGUUUCUCCUCAUGUGUAA